UCCUGUUUUCGUUGGCCGCCCUCGUAUGGCCGUCAGCGCCGUCCGUGCCGCCGCCUGCUAGCGCUACUCCUCCCGGGGCGAGCGGGCGCAGCGCGGCCUCCCCAUUGUCCGCUUCUCCAGCGCGUGCUCGCGUGCGGCCGGCGGGAUGGGCCGGGAGUCACGCCACUACCGUAAGCGAUCAGCAUCUCGAGGCCGCUCUGGAAGUCGGUCUAGAAGUCGCUCACCCUCAGACAAAAGAAGUAAAAGAAGUGAUGACAGACGUUCUAGAAGCAGAGAUAGAGACCGAAGGAGAGAGCGGUCUCGGAGCAGGGAUAAAAGAAGAUCUCGGUCAAGGGACCGAAAACGCCUAAGACGUUCCAGAAGUAGAGAAAGAGACAGGAGUCGGGAACGAAGAAGAUCUCGAAGUCGAGACAGGAGGCGGUCAAGGAGUCGAAGCCGGGGCCGGCGAUCCCGAUCUUCCAGUCCUGGCAACAAGAGCAAGAAAACUGAGAAUAGAAGAUCUAGGUCCAAAGAAAAAACAGAUAGUGGGGAAAGUUCUAAAGAGAAGAAAAAAGACAAAGACGACAAGGAGGAUGAAAAAGAAAAAGAUGCUGGCAACUUUGACCAGAAUAAGCUAGAGGAAGAGAUGAGAAAGCGUAAAGAAAGAGUAGAAAAAUGGCGAGAAGAGCAACGUAAAAAGGCCAUGGAAAAUAUCGGAGAACUGAAAAAGGAGAUUGAAGAAAUGAAACAAGGGAAAAAAUGGAGUUUAGAAGAUGAUGAUGAUGAUGAAGAAGAUCCUGCAGAAGGUGAAAAGGAAGGAAAUGAAAUGGAGGGUGAAGAAUUAGAUCCUUUAGAUGCUUACAUGGAAGAAGUCAAAGAAGAAGUAAAAAAAUUUAACAUGAGAAGUGUAAAAGGCGGUGGGGGAAAUGAGAAGAAGUCUGGGCCGACCGUCACAAAAGUUGUCACUGUUGUGACGACCAAAAAGGCAGUUGUAGAUUCUGAUAAGAAGAAAGGUGAGCUGAUGGAGAAUGAUCAAGAUGCCAUGGAGUAUUCUUCAGAGGAGGAAGAGGUUGAUCUUCAGACAGCUCUUACAGGCUAUCAGACAAAACAGAGAAAGCUUCUAGAACCAGUUGAUCAUGGAAAAAUUGAAUAUGAACCAUUUAGAAAAAACUUUUACGUUGAAGUUCCAGAAUUAGCCAAAAUGUCCCAAGAGGAGGUGAACGUAUUUCGGUUGGAAAUGGAAGGCAUUACAGUAAAGGGAAAAGGUUGUCCCAAACCAAUUAAAUCUUGGGUCCAAUGUGGAAUUUCCAUGAAGAUUUUAAAUUCUCUCAAAAAGCAUGGUUAUGAAAAGCCCACACCAAUCCAAACCCAAGCGAUUCCUGCUAUAAUGUCUGGAAGGGAUUUGAUUGGUAUUGCCAAGACAGGAAGCGGGAAGACCAUUGCUUUUCUUUUGCCUAUGUUUAGACACAUCAUGGAUCAGAGGUCAUUAGAAGAAGGAGAAGGACCUAUAGCUGUCAUCAUGACUCCAACUCGAGAACUGGCUUUACAAAUUACUAAAGAAUGUAAGAAGUUUUCGAAGACUUUGGGACUUCGCGUAGUUUGUGUUUACGGAGGAACAGGAAUUAGUGAACAGAUUGCUGAACUGAAAAGAGGUGCUGAAAUUAUUGUUUGUACACCUGGUCGAAUGAUUGACAUGUUAGCAGCUAACAGUGGUCGGGUCACAAAUCUUCGAAGAGUGACAUAUGUUGUUUUAGAUGAAGCAGACAGAAUGUUUGACAUGGGUUUUGAACCACAGGUUAUGCGCAUUGUGGAUAAUGUUCGUCCUGAUCGACAGACAGUUAUGUUUUCUGCUACUUUCCCCAGAGCUAUGGAGGCGUUGGCUCGCAGAAUCCUGAGUAAACCCAUUGAAGUGCAGGUUGGAGGCAGGAGUGUGGUUUGCUCAGAUGUGGAACAACAAGUGAUUGUGAUAGAAGAAGAAAAGAAAUUUCUGAAAUUACUUGAACUUCUAGGCCAUUAUCAAGAAUCCGGUUCUGUCAUUAUAUUUGUUGAUAAGCAGGAACAUGCUGAUGGUCUUCUGAAGGAUUUAAUGAGAGCUUCUUACCCUUGCAUGUCUCUUCAUGGAGGCAUUGAUCAGUAUGACAGAGAUAGCAUCAUAAAUGAUUUUAAGAAUGGGACCUGCAAACUUCUUGUAGCUACUUCUGUUGCUGCUCGAGGUCUAGAUGUGAAACAUCUGAUUCUUGUAGUAAAUUAUAGCUGUCCCAACCACUAUGAGGACUAUGUCCACAGAGCAGGACGGACUGGAAGAGCAGGCAACAAAGGUUAUGCAUAUACUUUUAUCACAGAAGAUCAAGCUCGAUAUGCUGGUGAUAUAAUUAAAGCUCUUGAAUUAUCAGGGACAACAGUGCCUCCUGAUCUAGAGAAACUUUGGAGUGAUUUCAAAGACCAGCAAAAAGCUGAAGGGAAAAUAAUCAAGAAAAGUAGUGGUUUCUCUGGUAAAGGAUUCAAAUUUGAUGAAACUGAACAAGCUUUGGCUAAUGAGAGAAAGAAGUUACAAAAAGCAGCUCUUGGUCUGCAAGAUUCAGAUGAUGAAGAUGCUGCAGUUGAUAUUGAUGAGCAGAUUGAAAGCAUGUUUAAUUCAAAGAAGAGAGUGAAGGAUAUGGCUGCUCCUGGAACAUCCAGUGUCCCUGCUCCAACUGCUGGGAAUGCAGAGAAAUUAGAAAUUGCUAAAAGAUUGGCUCUUAGAAUCAAUGCUCAGAAGAAUUUGGGCAUCGAGUCUCAGGUAGAUGUGAUGCAACAGGCCACCAAUGCGAUUCUCAGAGGUGGCACCAUUUUGGCUCCUACUGUAUCUGCAAAAACCAUUGCAGAACAACUUGCUGAAAAGAUCAAUGCCAAGCUUAAUUACGUACCUUUGGAGAAACAAGAAGAAGAGAGACAAGAUGGUGGGCAGAAUGAAUCUUUUAAGAGAUACGAGGAAGAAUUAGAGAUUAAUGACUUCCCACAGACUGCCAGGUGGAAAGUUACCUCUAAGGAAGCUCUGCAGAGAAUUAGUGAAUAUUCUGAGGCUGCAAUUACCAUCAGAGGAACGUACUUUCCACCUGGGAAAGAACCCAAGGAAGGAGAGAGGAAAAUCUACUUGGCUAUUGAAAGUGCCAAUGAACUGGCAGUGCAAAAAGCAAAGGCAGAAAUCACCAGGCUCAUAAAAGAAGAACUAAUCCGGUUGCAAAAUUCAUAUCAACCAACAAAUAAAGGAAGAUACAAAGUCCUGUAGAACAACUGAGAUAAACUUUUUACUUAUUCUGGUCUGUGAUACUUGUGGCAGUUGUCAGCAGUUUACAAUGUAUUGUAAAUUGAGAUUUUUAAAACUCUGUCCUGCUGAUUUUUUAAAAAUAAGAAAAGCCAGUAUUUGCUAAAGAAAACUUUCAGUAAGUACCCUCAGAAUUACCAGACUAUGAAGCAGGCCUGUUUUCUUAGUACGUCCUUUAAUGAAAAACUUAAUAUCAUUAUUUUAAAUAUCUGGAUAAUAUUCCAGAAGUUCAACAAAAUGGAAAUAUUUGGACUUUCUGUUGAAGGUAAUAAAGUACACAAGUCACUAAGGGGCUAUUCACCUUUAUCCUUUUGAAAUGAAAUUAUGAUCAUCUUCUCAGAAAAGGUAAAAUUCUCUGUCUAAUUCUUCGUGUUCCACUUGAGCUUAAAUAGUCUCAGUGGAUAACAUGAACUGGAUUUAAGAAUGUCAUAGUAGAAUUUUUACAAAAUGGGAUUAGAGUUUUUGUUUAAAUUUUUAUCAUUGUAAAUGGGCAAUUGUUGGACUGAUUUUGGUUUUGUAAGAUUAAACAUUUGUAGUAUAAGAAAUGUUUGCAUUUCUUUAUAGUUCUAGUAUUCACUCCUUUUAGGUUCCUCUUGUAGUCUCUGGUGCUAUGACUAGCUUCAUCAAAAGAAAAUUAUUUAUAGCCUGUAAAUAUUAAUAUGAUCCUUCUCUCUGAAAGUGUUUCUAUAUACAUCUAUACAUAUGGUAUAAACAAACACCCUAAUUUCUUAGUUUGCUUUUUCUUUAGAAUUAUUGAAUAGGUUGUGAGUUUUCUUUCUUAAAAAUUUCCACGUAUACAGGGGUUGGAGUGAUAGUACAGAGAUUGAGCACUUGCCCUGCACACUGCUGACCUGGGUUUGAUCCCUGGCACCCCUAAUGAUCCCCUGAGAGCUGCCAGUAGUAUUCGCUUAGCACUGAGUCGAGUAAGCCCUGAAAGCUGCUGCUUGUGGCCCAAAAAGUAAAAAAAAAAAAAAUAAAGUUAAGCGCUGGAGAAGUAUCUCCAAGCUUGUAUGCUUUGCAUGUAGGAGGCUUAGGUCUAAAGCCUGGCACUCUGUUGUCCCUUAAGCACUGCCAGUAGUGACCCCCCAAGCACAGAGUUGGGAAUAGCCCUUGAGCAACUGCUAGCUGUGGCCUCAAAACAAAACAGUUUAUUUUUCCAGCAUAUAUAUUAGAGAUGUUACUGGUAGAGUACUUGCUUUACAUAUGUGAAGCUUGAAGUUUGAUUACUAGCACCAAAUAUUCUCUUAAGCACUAAGCUGGGAGUAGUUCCCAAGCAUUGCUUGGGGUAUGCCUCCAAAAUAAAAAUAAGACUAUUUUCUGGUCUGCAGAGUAGUGCAGGAUUUAAGUAGUUGCCUGGCACACAGCCAGCCCAUACUGGUUUGAUCCUGGCGUGGAAUAUGGUCCAUUGGACACUGUGAGGCAUAAACUCUGAGAAUCACUGUGUGUUGCCCAAAUCCCCACCUCACUCUCAGUGUUUCUUUUUUCAGUUUUUUUUUUUUGGUCACAUUUAGCAGUGCUAAGGGCUUUAUCCUGGAUCUGAAUCAGAAAUCACUUUUGGCGGGCUUGGGGGACCAUGUGAGAUACAGGGGAUCUGGCCUUUCCCACUGUACUGUCACUCUGGCCCUGCUCAGUGUUAAAAGUGUAAUGUGUUUAGGCUUAGACUUAAACAGCUCUCAAGGAAAUUAGGUUUAUAGGCAUUUAUACUUUUUUUUCUUGCUUUUUGGGUCACACCCGGCGGUGUGCAGGGGUUAUUCCUGGCUCUGCACUCAGGAAUUACUCCCGGCGAUGCUCAGGGGACCAUAUGGGAUGCUGGGAAUCGAACCCGGGUCGCCCUCAUGCAAGGCAAAUGCCCUACCCGCUGUGCUGUCACUCCAACCCCCAUUUAUACAUUAUUUAUUUGGGAGCCAGGGAUAUGACUCAGCAAUAAAGUAUAAUAUCUUGCAUGUGUGUGAGGCCCUGUGUUGAUCUCUCACACAGUAAAAAAGAAUUUUUAUUUUUGAUUCCUCACAUCUGUGGUUUAUUUUGUUUUUUUGCUUUUUUUUUGUGGGGCGGUGGGGGUGCAGGGCACACCUAGCAGUGCUCAGGCCUUACUCCUGUCUCUAUACUCAGGAAUCACUUGUAGUAGAGUUUCACUAAGUAGGGUGCCACGGAUUGAACUUGGGUCGGCUGCAUGCAAGGCAAGCACCCUACCCAGUGUUCUACUGCUUUGACCUCUUUCUGUGUUUUCUAACUCACCUUGUUAUUUAAUCACUGAAUACUCUUCAAGACUCCUGGUAUAUCAACCUUUGUGUUCUCUCAAUGUAAAAACAUUUUUAAGAAUUCUGUAGAUGAUAGUUCCUAAAUUAAGAGAGACAGAAGAAUCUUUUGAGUAGUCCCAUACUGUGUGUCAUUAAUCUCCCUCCCUGCCACCACCCCCCCCUUUUUUUUUUUUUUUUUUGGGCCCACAACUAUAGCUCCUCUGUGCUUACUCCUGACUCUGCUCAGGGAUCUCUCCUGGUAGGCUUGGAGGACUAUAUGGGAUGCCAGAGAUCAAACCCAGGUCUGCUGUGUGCAAGGCAAAUGCCCUACCCGCUGUACCAUCACUCUGGCCCCCUUUGAAUACUCUUUACUUAGAAUUCUUUGAGAAGCAUACUAUAGCUGUCAAGUUGAACAGUAUUUUAAGCACCUAAAAUGAAAAGAAAAUUGGUUAUUAAGUAUAAAGUUAAUAUUACUUUAAAAUAUAGAUGCAGCUGAAAAAUAUUUUUUGACUUCAUAUAUAUUCACUUUUUUUAGAAGAAGAAAAAGGACAAAUCAUGUAAUGCAGAACCAAAUAAACUGUUUAAAAUUUCA